AUGUCGGAGAGUGCCACUGUCCACUGUUUCUCUGUUGUUCGAGCUUUGAGUUCGUUGAACCUUGAGGUCUGGAAAGCCGGGUAUGUCGGAGAGUGCCACUGUCCACUAUUUCUCCUUUGGGGCUAUAUCGGAGAGUGCCACUGUCCACUGUUUCUCCUUUGCUAUAUCGAAGAGUGCCACUGUCCACUGUUUCUGAUUCUUGGCCCGCCGGGUAUGUCGGAGAGUGCCACUGUCCACUAUUUCUCCUCUAUGUGGUAG